AUGGAGCCCACCAGCAGCAACACGACAGCUCCUCUCGCAAGCGCCAACAGCGAGACGACGAGCCCUCUCUUGGGCUCCAGUAACAGAACGGUGACUCCUCUCUCCGGCACCUGCAGCAGCAUUACGGCUCCGCUCUUCGGCUCCAGCAGCAGCAUCACGACUGAUCUUCCCGGCUCCGGCACCACCACCAGCACGACGGCAUCCCGUUCUGGAACUGGCGCCAGAACAACGGCCUCUUUCUAUCUCUGGUUUCAGCAGCAGCAGCUCGGCUCUUCACUCGGACUGGGGCGCCAGAAGCAGUGCGAUUCCCCAGCUCUCCGGUGGUACUGGCGACAGUAUGGUGGCUCUGAUCCCUGGCGUUCCCGAGGUAACUGCUCAAGACGUUCGAGACGCGUGCGUCUCGAGCAAAACACAGCGGGCUUACAAUGGGAGCUUACGGGUAAUCUCGCGAUGGAUUAA